UUAUCUUAUUAUAUAAAUUAAAUGUCAAUCGCAAAUGUAAUUCUAUCAACGACAUAAUUCCUAUUUCUUAUAUACAAUAUUUAUAAUCUAACAAGCGAAUUUAAGAAAAAAUAACAUAGGAAAGAUAUGGAUGACCUCAUUGAAACACAAUAGUAAAUUCACGUUGUUUACAUACUCCUGAAAUAUACUUCAAGAAAUAUGUUUGAUAACAAGGGAAAUUUGAAAAUAACAUAACAGUUUGCAAUGAAAGUAACUAACUAAAGAGAAGAAUUGUGAUUCGUGUAGGAAGAUUGUGAAGAAGGAAGGUUUAAUAAAUUAAGUCGUAACAAAUAGAAACGUAAGAAGGUGUAAGAAGAAAAAUAAGUAGGAGGAAAGUGUGAGCAUGUAGACAAAUAUUGCAGCUAUACACAAGUGCUACCAACAAGAGAUUGUAUGUAUACACGUAUAUAUUGUUCAUCGAUAAAGUUGUGUAUGUAUAUACAUAUAUAUACAUACAUAUACAUUUAUGCAAACGUGUGUGUAAACAUAUGACUCCCGUAUGUUGCGACAAAGGUAGCUACUAUGUAGAUACCACCGAGAUCGGAGGAGGAGGGUCUUUAUCAGCGUUACUUGUUCGACGACGGGCGUCGCCGUUAGCGUACUUUAUUACGUUAUCGUGCGUGGUCCCGCUUAGUUCUCCUCUUAUUUCUACGACAUUUCACCAAUCCAAGAGAUACCGAUCAAAUGAGAAACUCGAUUCGAUAGAUAACAAUAGUAGUUCAUGGUUCUUCCAACCAACUUCUUCACGAGAGAUUGAUUUUUUUCUUUCUCUUAUCUGUAUAUUGUGUUUUCAACUUUAUUCGAAAAUUGAAUAUUGAAAAUAAGUGUGAAACAAUAAGGGAAAAACGUUUUAGUUGAUAAAAUAUUUAGAAAUUAUUUCUUGAGGAUGUUACUCGAUCAUAGAGGAUGCGAGGUCAAUGAUAACAGCUUGAUACUGAUAUCUUGAUUACGAUCAUCAAUUUACACGUUAAGGAUACGUCACCACAUCGCGACAUACUCUAAAAUUGUUAUCGAUCAUUUCUAAUUUGGAAUGGACACCUUAGAAGAUUUUUCUCUGUACUUUUACAUAGCCUGCGGGGUCGGAUUGGGUCUACAUCUGUUGACGUUCUGUUUACUUGCCAUUUUUUACUGGAAAAUCAAAAGUCUUUCUAAAGCGGAGUCGAACCAAUUGGGCAGACAAACGAACAUGAUGGCGGAUUUCUGUUAUACGAAUCCGACAAUCGUGCCAGGCGAGGAAUUAUCUCGUCGUGGAUUUUCUAUGUAUUGCGGCAACGACAAUCUUCAUGAGGAUUCUAAUUCGAAGAACAAGGAAAUUAGUUAUGGAACGUAUCAUCACGAGGCUUUGUCGAAAUUUUGAUCAUUAAUGAUCCAUUAAUUUCAAAUAAUAUUAUCAUUAAUUUGUACUUAACGCGCGGUCAUGAUCAAAAUUCAUUAUUAAUUUAUAUA